CGCAUAGUAGUGACGCAAUUUGGAGUUAUUCAAUUGAGGUUGCUUUUGUGUUCAGAAUUUAGCUAGCUCUCUGUAAUUGAAAUACUUCUGCCUUAUGACACCAGUAUAAUUAUUAACAUCCUGGCGAUAUGGACUGGCGAAGUAGUUAAGAGUCAAAGGACUCGGAAAAAAUAAAACAUGAAUAAAGGGUGGCUGGAACUCGAAAGUGAUCCAGGACUCUUCACGCUGCUGGUGGAGGAUUUUGGUAUUAAAGGAGUCCAGGUUGAAGAGAUUUAUGAUCUGCAGAGUAAAUGCCAAAGCCCCGUCUAUGGAUUCAUUUUCCUAUUCAAGUGGAUUGAAGAACGGCGGUCCAGAAGGAAGGUGUCGACCCUGGUGGAUGAAACAUCAGUCAUUGACGAUGAGAUUGUGAAUGACAUGUUCUUUGCCCAUCAGCUUAUCCCAAACUCAUGUGCCACCCACGCCCUUCUUAGUGUACUUCUAAACUGCAGUGGGGUAGAGCUUGGAGCAACACUCAGCCGUAUAAAGGAGUUUACCAAAGGUUUCAGCCCGGAGAGUAAAGGUUAUGCCAUUGGAAAUGCACCAGAGCUUGCCAAAGCUCACAACAGCCAUGCCAGACCUGAGCCCAGACACCUGCCAGAGAAGCAGAAUGGCAUUAGCGCAGUGAGGACCAUGGAGGCCUUUCACUUCGUCAGCUAUGUGCCUGUCAAGGACCGCCUCUUUGAGCUGGAUGGGCUCAAGGCCUACCCCAUAGACCAUGGCCCCUGGGGUGAAGAGGAGGAGUGGACAGAUAAAGCUCGCCGGGUCAUCAUGGAGAGGAUAGGACUGGCUACAGCUGGUGAGCCUUACCAUGACAUUCGCUUUAACCUGAUGGCUGUGGUUCCUGACCGGAGGAUGAAAUAUGAGGCAAAACUUGAGAUCUUGAAAAGGAACAGACAGACUGUGCUGGAGGGGCUUCAGCAGCUGAUCCGGAUGACCCAGCCGGAGCUGGUCCAGGGCAACAAGCCUCAGGAGACGUCUUCGCCCGAGGACACCUCUCCCGCGCUGAAACAGGAGGACGCAGACGCUGACCCUGCAGCCGCGGGGGCGUCUGAGGACACCCCACAGACAGACUCCACAGACAGCUCCAGCCUCCAGAGCCAGCCCCAGUCCAGCGCCAGCCCGUCCAGCAGAGCCAAAGGUCAGGGGAAGCAGGCAGCCCCCCUGGGGAGCGGCCUCCCUGGAAAUGCCCCCACCGUCACCCCCAACCCCAUCGUCCAGCGCUUGCCUGCUUUCCUGGACAACCAUAACUACGCCAAGUCCCCCAUGCAGGAAGAGGAGGACCUGGCAGCAGGGGUGGGUCGCACCAGGCCACCAGGACCGCCACACCCUCCAUACUCUGAUGACGAGGAUGACUAUGAGGAUGAAGAGGAGGAGGACUGUAUGAGGACAGAAACACCUGUCAGGUUUAAGAGUAAGAUGGGCCUGAAGACGGAGGGGGUAGGUGGCAAAGAGGCACAGCUCUCUCUCCUGCAGCCUGGCUCCAUCACGGCUCUGGCCGAGAAGCUGAAGGAGACCCAGAAGAGGGACCUCUGCAUCCCGCUGUCUGUGCGCACGGAGGGCCGCACCGGGGGGAUCUGCAUCACGGCCCCCUCCCAGCCCUCGCCCACGCCCAGCAACGAGAGCACGGACACGGCCUCUGAGAUCGGCAGCGCCUUCAACUCCCCGCUGCGCUCGCCCAUCCGCUCGGCCAGCGCCACGCGGCCCUCCAGCCCCGUCACCUCCCACCUGUCCAAGGUGCUGUUCGGGGAGGAGGAGGGCCGCGACUGCCAGCGCUACCACAGGGCCGUGCGUGACCUGGGGCCGGCCGUCAGCUCUGCCCUGCUGCACCUGCAGGGGGACGGGGUCAUCUACGCACUGCCCAGCACAGGGGACUCCCACUCAGACGGCAGGAAGGCCGCCCCAGCAGAGGAGGGGAGAAAGGAGGGGGGGAAGGAGCAGAGCGCUGUGGAGGUCAAGGUGGAGGAGAGCAAAGAAAGCGCCGGGGCCAAGCCUAGCAAGGAGGAGCACAGCUCCAAACCCACUGGAGAAAAGUACUCCCCUAAGGAACUGCUGGCACUGUUGAAGUGUGUAGAGGCAGACAUUGCCAACUAUGAAGUGUGUCUCAAGGAGGAGGUGGAGAAAAGGAAGAAGUACAAGAUUGACGAUCAGAGGAGGACCCAUAACUACGAUGAGUUUAUCUGCACCUUCAUAACCAUGCUGUCUCAGGAAGGGAUGCUGGCCAGCCUGGUGGAGCAGAACAUCUCGGUGCGUCGUCGGCAGGGCGUGAGCAUCGGCCGGCUGCACAAGCAGAGGAAACCCGACCGCAGGAAACGCUCGCGACCGUACAAGGCCAAGAGGCAGUGACCGGGACGCCCCGCGGGAACACGGAGAGAUCAUGGCCCUGUUCAUCCCCACUCCCGACACGCUUUCCUUUUUAGAAAAGAGAUUUUACUGACCAGUACACGUGACUAUAUCCCCGUCACUGCCACCAGUCUAUCCCCGUUUACCAAAAAGCACUCACCCACCCACUGAAACCUAACGUGCGUAGUGAGGUCUCACGAGUGACUGUGGAGUGUGGAAUGUGUUUCAUUAACCUCAGUGCCAAUAUAGAGCAUUGGAGUGGUUUAGCAAGUCAGCAUUUUUAAUGGUUAGUCAUUCCUGAAAAGUUCUUUUUAAGCCCAGCUUUUGUAUCACCAUGUUAUUGAGGUAUUGGUUCAGUUACAUCUGUACAUGUAUGCAUGGCCGUGCUAGCCAGAUGGUCCCCUCCUCCUUUAUUCAUUUCCAUAAUCCAUCAAAUUCAAACACCGAUUUGCACUCGUUUCUCGUACUCCCCUUUGUUGAAAGGUCGUAAACUCUGAGGUGACUCUCUCAGCUUUAAUUUUUUGUCACCUGACUGGAUCAUGUGUUCGUGUUUGUUUGUGUACAUAUCUCUUUGUCUGUGUUAGUCUAAUUUUUGCAGGACUAAAAAUGUAAUAAUAUACAUACCAUGCAGAUACACUUGAAUGCUUUGUUUUCAUUGAAAUUAAAUAAAUGACCAUUCUGUUGAAUACUGCAGACUGACA